AUGGCUUCGAUUCUUCUGCCGAGCCGCUUCCGCGGUGAAGCUCCCGUCACCGAGAAAACCACCCCAUCUUGGGUUUCCAAGCGACUCACACCCAUCGCCCAGUUCAUCUCUCGCAUUGCUUGCUCCCACCCCAUCCACACCGUCGUCCUCGUCGCCGUCCUUGCGAGCACUUCAUACGUCGGUCUCCUCCAGGAGAGCUUCUUCAACACUGGCGAUGCUGCGUCAGUUGGCAAGGCCGAUUGGUCUUCCCUCGUCGAAGGCAGCCGAGUCCUACGCGCAGGUCCUGAGACUUCUUGGAACUGGAAGGUCAUCGAGCAGGACUCUGUCGCUGAAGCAGGUACCGCUGCCGACCACCUUGCUCUCUUGACUCUUGUCUUCCCUGAUACUCUCUCGGCUGAGUCAUCCAGCACUGCACCUCGUUCUCAGCAUGUGCCUAUUCCCAAGAACUUGUCCAUUACACCUCUUCCUUCAACCGACAACCCUUUCACCGCCUACUCUCAGGACUCCAUCCUCGCCUACUCUCUUCCCUACGCUGAGGGUCCCGAAUUUCUCGCUGCUACCCAGGAGAUCCCUAACGAGGAUGCCGUCGAGACUGAGACCGAGCACGGUCGCGAGAAGAAGACAUGGAUUAUGAAGGCUGCCAAGGUCAACACCCAGAACAGUGUGGUCCAGUGGUUCAACAACGCCUGGACUGAGUUCGUUGACCUCCUCAAGAACGCCGAGACCCUCGACAUUAUUAUCAUGCUCUUGGGCUACAUUGCCAUGCACCUGACCUUCGUGUCCCUCUUCCUCUCCAUGCGAAAGAUGGGUUCCAAGUUCUGGCUCGGCAUUUGCACUCUAUUCUCCUCUGUGUUCGCCUUCCUCUUUGGCCUUGUGGUCACUACCAAGCUCGGUGUCCCCAUCAGUGUUGUCCUUCUCUCCGAGGGUCUUCCUUUCCUUGUUGUCACCAUCGGCUUCGAGAAGAACAUUGUCUUGACCCGCGCUGUCAUGUCCCACGCUAUCGAGCACCGACGAUCUCAGCUCCAGAACUCCAAGUCUGGCAAGCAAUCCGACCGCUCUACACAGAACGUGAUCCAGUAUGCCGUUCAGGCCGCCAUUAAGGAGAAGGGUUUCGAGAUCAUGCGCGACUAUGCCAUUGAGAUUGUCAUCCUCGUUAUUGGUGCUGCUUCUGGUGUUCAGGGUGGUCUUCAGCAGUUUUGCUUCCUCGCUGCCUGGACUCUUCUGUUCGACUUCAUUCUCCUUUUCACCUUCUACACUGCCAUCCUCAGCAUCAAGCUUGAGAUCAACCGUAUCAAGCGUCACAUCGAUAUGCGAAUGGCUCUCGAGGAUGAUGGUGUCAGCCGCCGGGUUGCCGAGAACGUUGCCAAGGGUGAAGAUGAUUUAACGCGUGCCAAGGGAGACUCUUCCCUAUUCAGUCGCAAGAGCAGCAGCAUCCCCACUUUCAAGGUUCUGAUGAUCCUCGGUUUCAUCUUCGUCAACAUUGUCAACAUCUGCUCGAUUCCGUUCCGCAACCCCACCUCUCUGUCCACUAUCCGCACCUGGGCCAGCAGCCUGGGUGGCGUCGUUGCUCCUCUGUCUGUUGACCCCUUCAAGGUUGCUUCCAACGGUCUGGAUGCCAUCCUGGCCACCGCCAGAGCCAACAACCGACCUACUCUGGUUACCGUGCUUACUCCCAUCAAGUAUGAGCUUGAGUAUCCCUCUGUUCACUACGCCCUGGGUUCUGCCCUUAACGCAAACAACCCUGCUUACGUCGAUGCUUUCCACCACCACUUCCAGGGUUACGGCGUCGGAGGUCGCAUGGUUGGCGGUAUCCUCAAGUCUCUUGAAGAUCCUGUCCUCUCUAAGUGGAUUGUCAUCGCCCUUGCUCUGAGCGUUGCCCUCAACGGUUAUCUUUUCAACGUCGCCCGCUGGGGUAUCAAGGACCCUAACGUUCCCGAGCACAACAUCGACCGAAACGAGCUUGCCCGUGCGCAGCAGUUCAACGACACCGGCUCCGCUACCCUUCCUCUCGGCGAAUACGUUCCUCCUACUCCUCAGCGAACUGAGCCUAGCACCCCUGCUAUUACCGACGAUGAGGCCGAUGGUCUUCACAUGACCAAGGCUCGCCCUGCUAACCUACCGAAGCGAAGCAACGAGGAACUUGAGAAGCUUUUGGCCGAGAAGCGCGUCCGUGAGAUGAGCGACGAGGAGGUUGUCUCUUUGUCUAUGCGCGGCAAGAUUCCCGGUUAUGCUCUUGAAAAGACUCUUGGUGACUUCACUCGUGCCGUCAAGAUUCGACGUACCAUCAUCGCCCGCAACAAAGCCACCACCGACCUGACACACUCGCUCGACCGAUCCAAGCUACCUUUCGAGAACUAUAACUGGGAGCGUGUCUUUGGCGCGUGCUGUGAGAACGUUAUUGGAUACAUGCCCCUCCCUGUUGGUGUUGCUGGACCUCUUGUCAUUGAUGGACAGAGCUACUUCAUCCCCAUGGCUACUACUGAAGGUGUUCUGGUCGCCAGUGCCAGCCGAGGUUGCAAGGCUAUCAACUCGGGCGGCGGUGCCAUCACUGUCCUGACUGCUGAUGGUAUGACUCGUGGUCCUUGUGUUUCUUUUGAGACUCUUGAGCGUGCUGGUGCUGCCAAGAUCUGGCUUGACUCUGAGGCUGGUCAGGAUGUGAUGAAGAAGGCUUUCAACUCCACCAGUCGCUUUGCCCGACUCCAGUCUAUGAAGACUGCUCUCGCCGGUACCAACCUGUACAUUCGAUUCAAGACUACCACUGGUGAUGCUAUGGGUAUGAACAUGAUUUCCAAGGGUGUUGAACACGCUCUCAGCGUCAUGUCCAAUGAGGCAGGCUUUGACGACAUGCAAAUUGUCUCUGUCUCCGGUAACUACUGCACAGACAAGAAGGCCGCUGCUCUGAACUGGAUCGACGGACGUGGUAAGGGUGUUGUCGCUGAGGCUAUCAUCCCUGGCGAUGUUGUCCGCAGUGUUCUCAAGAGCGACGUCGACUCUCUGGUGGAGCUCAACAUUUCCAAGAACUUGAUCGGUUCCGCUAUGGCUGGUUCAGUCGGUGGAUUCAACGCUCACGCUGCCAACAUGGUUGCUGCCAUCUUCUUGGCCACUGGUCAGGACCCUGCUCAGGUCGUUGAGAGCGCCAACUGUAUCACCAUUAUGAAGAACCUCCGAGGAUCUCUCCAGAUUUCCGUUUCUAUGCCCUCGCUUGAGGUCGGAACUCUUGGUGGUGGUACUAUCCUCGAGCCCCAGAGCGCCAUGCUUGACCUUCUUGGCGUCCGGGGAUCUCACCCUACCAACCCCGGAGACAACUCCCGCCGCCUGGCCCGUAUUAUUGGUGCCGCCGUCCUGGCUGGUGAGCUUUCUCUGUGCAGUGCUUUGGCUGCUGGUCACCUUGUCCGGGCUCACAUGCAGCACAACCGAAGUGCCGCUCCCUCUCGAACCACCACUCCCGCUCCUCCCAUGACGCCUGUCUCCCUGGCCAUGACUAGUGCCCAGGAGCGCUCAGCGUCAACAACAUCGAUGAGCGCUGCUGCCCUUCAGAGGUCUAAGCGAUAA